GUUCGGUGCUUGUCACUUCACUUUAUUAAGCAAAGAGAACUUGGGCAAAGGAGGCACAGAGAGGACCCAGGAGUUCACUCACGAGUGAACAGAGGCGCCCGUCCGACGUGGGGUCGCUGGACCGAGGGCGGUGGACGCCUGGGCCGAGGGGCCGAGGGCGGCGCUGCUCACGCGCGCGCCGGGCCGCCGCGUUUAAAUCUCCCGCCCGCAGCGGAGCCCGACACCUCCACGCUCCGGUGCGGAGGGCACGGGCUGCGGGAGCGGCCCGACAGCGUCGCGGGCUCGUGAGCGGCGGCUGGGACGGGUGCCGGGACGGACGUCCGUGAGGCCGAGCGCAACCCGAGGCGGCGGAGGACCGGCGCGACGCGGCUCCGGCGUCGCGGUGAGCGUCUGCGGCCUCCCGCCCGCCGCCUCCCUCAGGGUGGCGGUCCGGCCUGGCGGCCAAACCCUGGGUUCCCAUGGCGACGCCGGGAGGCAGGGCGCCGCCCGCACGCGGUCUCCGGGCCCUCGCUGGCCGCCCCGGCUCCCCGGGGGCACGGCCCUGCGGCCUUCCCCCCGGGCGAAGCCGGGACCAGCGCUCUUCCGGGCCGACUAGGGGCAGCACCGCUCGGAGUGGCCGGGGCGGGGCUGGGUCCCUCCGGCGGGCGGACGCGGGCUCUGCCCACGCUCGCCGGGGAGGAACGCGGCGGCCUAAGGCUGGUUAGGUGGUUUCUCGCGAAGGUGGAGAUCGCUGCGGUAGAGGCAGACGGCUCGCAGCCUCCAGAUUAUGCCCAGCCAAGUUAUCUAGAAUAGCAUAAAAGGACCAGCAAUUAAACGGUGACUGUCUAUACUGCCCAGGAACCAAGUAGGACAGCCAGAGGAGGAUACCUGGAGUUAUUCCAUGGAUUCCUUUGGACAACACAGAUCAGAAGAUAACCAGUCAGUAGUCAGCAGAAUGCAAAAAAAAUACUGGAAAACUAAACAGGUCUUCAUUAAAGCAACAGGAAAAAAAGAAGAUGAGCAUGUGGUGGCAUCUGAUGCUGAACUGGAUGCUAAACUUGAGGUUUUUCACUCCAUUCAAGAGACGUGCACUGAACUUCUGAAGAUAGUAGAGAAAUAUCAGCUAAGACUUAAUGUUAUAUCAGAGGAAGAAAAUGAGCUAGGGCUCUUUCUAAAGUUUCAAGCAGAACGGGAUGCAACUCAAGCAGGCAAAAUGAUGGACGCCACUGGCAAGGCACUCUGUUCUUCUGCCAAGCAAAGACUAGCCUUGUAUACUCCUUUGUCUCGUCUUAAGCAAGAAGUAACAACGUUCAGUCAAAGGGCAGUAUCUGAUACUUUGAUGACGAUUAAUAGGAUGGAGCAGGCACGCACAGAAUACAGAGGAGCUCUGCUGUGGAUGAAAGAUGUAUCCCAAGAACUGGACCCAGACACAUUGAAACAAGUGGAAAAGUUCAGAAAAGUACAGAUCCAAGUGAGAAAUAGCAAAGGUUCUUUUGACAAAUUAAAGAUGGAUGUUUGUCAGAAAGUGGAUUUACUUGGAGCUAGUCGCUGCAAUAUGUUAUCUCAUUCACUCACUACCUACCAGAGAACACUGCUUGGAUUUUGGGAGAAGACAGCUCGAAUGAUGUCCCAAAUCUGUGAGGCCUGUAUUGGCAUUCAUCCAUAUGAUUUUGUAGCUCUCAAGCGACUGCAAGACACUCCAAGGAAGCUUACUGAAGAUCACAAAGAAGAACAAAUAGAAGGCAGUUUUGUCACUGAAAACCUCCAUAAGGUAGUGUUAUCAGAAGAGGAAGCAAACUUUGGGAGUGAACCAGCAGUUGCAAAAGAUUUACCUGUUGAUUCACUGGAAGGAGAAGAUUUUGAGAAGGAAUUCUCUUUCCUGAACAGUCUCCUAAGUCCUGGUUCUUCAAGUACCAGUGAAUCCACCCAAGAAUGCCAGACAUCUUAUGGGAGCCCCAGUGCCAGUCUCACGUCCCAGGAGCCUUCUGUGGGGUCUGAGCCGCUUGCUCAUUCCUCUCGAUUCCUUCCUUCUCAGCUCUUUGAUCUUGGCUUUCAUGCUGCUGGAGCUUUCAACAGCUGGGUCUCCCAAGAGGGAUCAGAACAUACUGAUAAUGCACCAGUGCCUUCACAGAGUCCAAAGAAGUUUAUAAGAUCCCCCAACAGUGGUAACCAAGACAUGUCAGCCUGGUUCAAUCUAUUUGCAGACUUGGAUCCACUUUCAAAUCCAGAUGCCAUUGGACACUCAGAUGAUGAACUUCUUAAUGCUUGACUGAAGUUAUGUCAUUUCAGGGGUAUUGAGACAUGAAUUUUGCAACAUAUUGCCUUUGUGGAAAGGUUUAUAUUGCAACCCACACACAAAAGCAUGGUGUUUGUGAAUAUAACACCUGUCAGCCGACUUUAGACAAAUGGUAAGGACCACAUUUGAAUACAUUAAGUAUAUCUGUAGUAUCUUGGGUUUGCAGAGGUUGAUACUAUGUGAAAAAUUUUAGAAACCACUGAGUCUGCAGUAUUUAGAUACCAAAAUCUAUGUCAAAAUGACAGGGUAAUUCUACCAAUAAGGACUUGGGAUUUUUUCUUUGGAAAGUGUUUCUAAGUUGCCCUGCUGGCUAUGAGAAUUCUAUAUGUGAAUAAAGGACAGCAUGUAAAUUGGGUUGUGGUUUGGGGCUGGUUUUUAAAUAAAACAGGGAGGGGAUUUCUGUUGUGGAAAAUAGCACUAGAACUAGACCAGCUUUUUCUUUAAUUUGAAAGGUAGAGUAAGCUUUGAGAACUCAAUUUGCUUUAAAGAAAUCAGAGAAACUUGUACUUGUUUUCCCCCAUUUGGAGGCUAAAAUGUAAAGUUACCUUUCACUUAUACAAAAUCAUGGACAUCCCUAAUUCAUUUAUUAAAUUUUCAUGGGGGAAGUAGCAGGUUGAUUAAUUUGCCAAGCCUAUCCUCUGUAGAAAUGAAAAAAAAAAAAAAUCUAUCUUCACAUUUCUUAAACCACAAGCCUAUGUAGCAAGAUUCAAGACA